AUGGCGGCGGCGGCGCGGCUGCUAGGGCUGCGCGCGGCGGGGCUGCGGCCGCUGCUGUGCGCGGCGGGUGCGGGGCCGGCCCCGGCCAGCGUCGUCUGGAGGAGCGUCCUGGGGAUCUCCCCGCGCGCAGGGUUGGCCUGGAGGCCCCGCAGGUGUGGCAGCUCUUCAGCCGAAGCAACUGCCACAAAAACCGAAGAUGAGGGCUUCCUCCGCUGGUUUCUGCUUCUCAUUCCUGUGACUGCCUUUGGCCUGGGGACGUGGCAGGUCCAGCGUCGGAAGUGGAAGCUACAGCUGAUCGCAGAGCUGGAGUCCAGAAUUAUGGCCGAGCCCAUCCCACUGCCCGCAGACCCAAUGGAACUGAAGAACCUGGAGUACAGGCCCGUGAAGGUCAGGGGGCACUUUGACCACUCCAAGGAGCUGUACAUGAUGCCGCGGACGAUGGUGGACCCUGCCCGAGAGGCCCGGGAAGCUGGCCGGCUCUCAUCAGCGGCCGAGAGCGGAGCCUACGUGGUCACUCCCUUCUACUGCACUGAGCUGGGAAUCACCAUUCUGGUAAACAGAGGGUUUGUACCCAGGAGGAAGGUGAAUCCGGACACACGGCAAAAAGGCCAGGUUGAGGGAGAAGUCGAUCUGGUGGGGAUGGUGAGGCUCACAGAGACCAGGAAGCCUUUUGUCCCCGAGAAUAACCCGGAGCGGAACCACUGGCAUUACCGGGACCUGGAGGCCAUGGCCAGGCUCACAGGCGCAGAGCCCAUCUUCAUCGACGCGGACUUCAAGAGCACAGUCCCUGGAGGGCCCAUCGGAGGGCAGACCAGAGUCACCCUGCGCAACGAGCACCUGCAGUACGUCAUCACCUGGUACGGACUCUGUGCGGCCACAUCGUACCUCUGGUGCAAGAAGUUCCUAAGUCGGACUCCUGGUGUGUGAGGAGGUUAGCAGAAGUCCGCCUGUCCCUGAACAACUGAAGCCACUUAAGAGAUUUGGUUUUAUGCUGCUCAUGUGCCCUUGUAUUAAUAAAUCUCUACACCA